AGUUCUUGUUGCUACCGCUGAUUUGUUGACCAAGUUUUGUUCACCUUUCCUUUAAAUAACAACAAAUCCUUACAUAGACUUAAUUAGAAAUGAUAACAUGAAUUAUUGCAAAAUCCAAAUUAAACAUGGUACAAUUCGGUAAUUGAAAGUAGUCUAUAAGUUGUUGCACAUAAUUAGAUUCAAGUUUUAUUUUUUUUACAUAACAAGCAUAUAAAGUAAUCAUAAAAAUGUCAAGUAAUUUAGAGGUGGACAGUUUUGAGGAAGCUAAAAAGCUCGUGCGAGAUUUAAGGCAGAAAACAAGAGCUCAAGCUCAACAAAUUAUGGCAUGGAGGAAAGCCUUUAAAAUGCAAGAAAUUAUGAUAUCUCGCAUAGAACGUGAAAAAAAUGACCAAUUAAAAGUAUUGAGUUCAAAACUUCUCCUUUUUGAGUCAAGACUGAUCAGAAAACAAAAAGACAUAUCAACGAUGUUAAACAUCAGAGAAACAAUCAUACAGCGCCAACAAAAAAUGAUCGAAACGUUAUCAAAUCGUUUACAGGACAAUGGUCUAGAGGUACCCGCUCAAUCGGAAAUUACAGAAUUAGAAUUCGCUUUUCCCGAUUUAGAUUCUCUUAAUGAUUCUGACAGUGCCGUCGUGAUGGAGGACCUCGAUUGCGAUCACCCUUACCAAGUACCCAAGUUUAGAAACAUGGACGGAGUUACAGUUAUGCGAUCAAUAUCAGACGCAAUAGAUCCAAAUUUGAAGUAUUCUUCUACAAGACGCACCAACAGUUUCUUACGUCGUCCAGAGAUACUAGAAACUGUUUACAGUGUCGAAGAGGAUGCCGAUAACGAUCAAGAAAAUAAACUCGACGCGAAUAAACGAAGGGAAUCGUUCGCUAAUAGAGGCAAAUCAAAUUGCAACAUCGAAAGUCAAAUUAUACAGGAUAAAUCGUUGGAGGAUAAAAGGAUAGUUGAUGAAAGUAGUUCAUUUGAAGAAACUUUGUCCAAUAAUAUUUCUUGGUCGUAUAUGAACGAGAAACCAGUCGAGACAACAGAAGAUAAUUCAAAAAAUCAGGUGAAGAAGUACAACCGAGUGAUGUCCAAUCACAGAUCAGUAACGAAACCGAAAGAUGUUAAGUACAAAAGGAUAAAUAAAGCCAAGUCAAAAAGUCUGGAGGAAUUAAGAGGAAAAUUGAAGAAUUGGGUCGAACAAGGAACUAAAAUAUCGAGUUACAGUUUGGAACACAGUCAAAGUUACGCCUAACGUGGGCGCGUUCUACAUUUUUAUCCAGCUUUGUAUAUUAUGUUUUCAUUCGGAGUGGAUCACAAUUAGUGGAUGCUUUCAAUACCUAUUCUUUUUUUUGUAUUUUGACCAUACUUUAUCUCCUCUAUACUUUUUUCUGUUUUCUCUCCCCAUUUUCUUAAUUUGGUGUUUUUUUUGAAUCCCCUACUUAUAGUUUUUGUCUCUUUAAUUUCUUUCACUUCAUAAAAAUUCCAUUGUUUCUUGUUUAUUUUUUCUAUUAUUGUUUCUUGUUAUGUUAUUAAUAUCUAUUCUUUUCUUCACUAUUGUUUUGAUGUUUUCUUUCUAUUCUCUUUAUUUUUGUCUUAUUUUUUCUUCUGAUUAUCCAAUUUUCAUAUUUUUUUGACUAGAUAUUUCUUUUUUUAAUAUGUGGUACAUUUUUUUCUUUUCUCUUCUUCCUCCCAUUUAUUCCUCUUCGUGGUAAAUAUUUUCAUAGUUUUCUUUUUAUUUCUUCUAUCUGGAUAAUCAGUUAGCUUCUUGGUCUGCAUUAUUGCUUUAUCCUUAGAAAGCUUCAUCUUGAUUUAAAAUAUAUGGUAGAUCAUAUAUCGAUUUUGUUGAAAUUUCCAAACAAAAUGGCGAUUUUUAAAUACUUUUGACUGAUGUAAGUGGAAAUAACAAUUUCACAAAUCACGAAAACACAUCUAUCAACAAAUAUCUAGUUUAGUAAACAAAAAAAUAAGCUUUCUAGCAAAAUUUCUUUAUUCAUCAAAGUUGUUUCCUUUCAAAGAUGAUUCAAAUACUUCUUUAACCUUCCUAUGCCAUUUUGGUAUACCAUUGUUCCUUUAACCUCAAAAUAGUUUCUAUUCCAGCACAAAAUUCUUAAUAAUUUUUCACCUAUAGCAUUUUUUUGCUAUGCAAACACCUAGUAGUCACUGGGUGCCAAGUUUGGAGAAUAUGGUGUCGAAGCUAUUUGACUAUAAUCUAGUGACAUGGCGCAUUGGAAGAGGUUUUUUGUAGUAAUCUAUCUCCAAUUAGUUCAAUAAGUAUAGUAACAUUUACAGUUAUUCUUUUUUUUUUUAAUAACUUUUCACUAAUACGUCCUGUAUAUUCCAAAAUUCAGAGCUUAUACCUUCACUGACUGAUUGCUGCUCAUUUUCUUCUUCACUCAGUGUCGUGUCUGUAGUCAUCUCCAACUACAUUUUUAGGACUGUUUAAAUGUUUUUUUUUUGUAAAAUCGCUUCCUUUCAACAUCCUGAUCAUUGAAAAUAAUCAUUGUUCAUUUGAAACCCCACAUACCAUCAAAGAUGGUUGAUUUCUCACGAAGUUAUUUUUUUUAGUAUUGGAAAUAUACAAAAUUUGACCUCUAUCAUAUGAAAGAUGAUAUAAGGAGGACAAAAAUUGAAAUUUAAUUUUUGGUGACCUGUAUUAGUAACUAGGAACUUAUUGAUUGAUUCAUUACCUAUCAUAUUGAUAGGUAGGACAAGUUGAGUUGAGUUUUAUAUUUUGAUAUUGUUAUAACGUUUCUCCGGUAAAGGUUCAUGAAUAACACUGUAAAAGUUGAUUCAAUACUCAAAACUGUAUCACACCAAUUCAAACUCUACAAUCAUUUUAAUAACGAAUACUUUACUUCACUCUUUAUAUCUUUACUUCCAAGAAUACUUGUAUCGUUUCUUGCAUAUCUUCUAGAACAUAGUAGAAACUUAUGCCUAGUUCUGUGGUCCUGAAACAUCUAGAAAAGUAGUUACCCAAUAAUAGAUGGAACCACCCUCAUUCUUUUAUAGUUUCCACUACAUUAAGUUAUGACUUGCGCCGUCAAAAGGCGCGUGGCUGUGUAUCCGUCACAUAAUUAAUAUGAGCAUUUGAUUUUGUGACAAAUUUUUGGUUUUAUAGAAAACUACGAUUGAUAUAUUGUCGAGAAAGCGAUUUCUUACAAUUUUUUAUCCACUCUGUAUGAAAGGUUUUAUUUUUGAAUGCUGCACGUUUGAAACUAAAAGUAUUAUUGUCUUGUUAACUAUAUUAUAAUAAUAAUAACGUUUACCUGCUAAAGGUUGUGAUAUAUAUAUAUAUGUAUACAUAUAUUACAAAUGUUUUCCUCAAUUUACGCGGUACAAAAAGUAUACUUUUUGUAAAAAAUUAUGGAGCACGAUCAAUUUUUUUAUUUAAUGAGUAAUUUUUAUGGUAUUUGUGAUAAUUAUCUUGAAUGUUUAAAAAAAAAUAAUGACAAUCCUAGACAUUUUUUGAAUUUGUUCUACAAAAAUCACUAAUCAACUGAUAUUUAAUGUAAAAACUUCCAAGUAACUAGUUUUUUAGAUAAAUAAUUGCAUUUGCAUUGCAUUUUUUAGACUGUUAUAGCUGUCACAUAUUUUAUUCAUUUUUCUAUGAAUUUUUCACGCACUUGUCUAUGAAUUGAGACUGUUUUUCAAGGAAUCUCCCUCCUUAUGUUGCCGCUAGUGUUUCUACAAAAUGGUGCUAGAUUUAAAAGUUAUAUAAGUAGUUAGAUAGUGGAAAUUAUUUUUUCAAUUAUUACCUUAUGCAAAUUUUGUUAUGACAGGAGGAAGGAGAACGCGCGAUAAUAGACAGAUAUUCUUUUUGAAGUAAAAACUGACCUAUUUGUAUAUUUUUUCCAAAAAAAAUCUUGUUUUCGAGAUAUUCAAACUAUUUGCGCUUCGUUGUCGCACCAUGUAUAGUUUAUUUUUAAAAAUGAUCGUCGAAUUAUCUAAAAAUAAAAUGAAAACAUAUCCAUGUAAAUAUUUCGUACUUCGUACUCAAAAAUUGGAAUCUUUUAUAUUAAUAUUCACUUACAAGUUCGUUUUAUGUGUCAGCUUUGAGUUUUUCUUUUCAAAUGAUGAAUCAUAAAAAAACAUGUCAGUUAUAAUGAUAACUUUGUUUUUUCUAAUAGAAAAAUCACUUUAAAUUGUUUUUAAAAUGCUGUCAUUAGAUAGUACAUACCAGGACGGGUCAAAACUUUUUCAAAUGUAUCAAAAUAACUAUUAUUCACCUCCGAAAUAAUUUCGAAAUUCAUUAUUUGGAAAAUGUAUUUUGCUGUUCUUCAAAGGAGAAAACAACUACUUUCCUGGCUAAGGCCUCGACGAAUAUUGAAUUACAACUCUGAAGAGCGUGAUGUCAAUCGACCUUUUGUCGAUAUUAACAUCCCCAAUGGCUCCCAAUUGCAAGGAGAGGUUGUAGCUACUGAAUAGUUUCGACGUCAAUACGUCUCAGAGCAGUUUAACAACCCUCGAUUGAGCUUGAAACCCGAACUGAAGACAACGUCAAAGGGCGUCGCUGUUUGUUACAUGUAGUCAAACAUUUCCCAGCGAACACUAAAUACCAGCUACGAACCACUGGUCAGGUAGUCGCCGAUAAUAUAGAUUUCGAUGGUAAAUGAGGUGUGUAAAAUGUUUCAAAAUAAAAGAUUUCUACUUUUCACUUCUGAAAUAAUUUUGAAAUUCAUUAUUUCGAAAAUGUAUUCUGCCGUUCUUCAAAGGAAAAAACAACCAGUUUCCUGGCUAAUGACCUCUACGAAUAUUGAAUUACAACUUCUCUAAAGAGGGUUUCAAGCUCGAACGAGGGUUGUUAAACUGCUCUGACGAGACGUCGAAAUUAAUUAGUCGUUACAAUCUCUCCUUGAAAUCGCGAGCCAUUGGGGAUGUUAAUAUCGACUUCAGGUACUUUUUGAAGAAUCUUCCUUAUCAUACCUUUCGGUCGAACUUGGAAGCAUCAAUAAAAAAAAUAGGGCCAAGAGUGAAAGAGUUAAUUAUACAGUCGAUGUCUUUUUUAUGUCGAAUUGUAACAAAUUAAUUUGGGAUUCGUGUGAGCUUGUUCAAAUUUUGAUAUAUGAUAGAUGACAGGAGUAGUCAUACACUUGUAUUUAAGAGGCGGGAAUUUCAAAAAUUCAUUUAUGAAUUUUCCAAUUCUAAACACACUGUUUAUACUACAACUACACCAACCUGACAAUUACACUUCCUGAUGCCGCGCGUUUCGAUAACCAAGUUAUCGUCUUCAGAGACUGAAGUAAACAGUUUGCCCAAAACGAUAGCGUUGGCUCUGAUGACUGCAAAAAAUAGAAUUCAUAGAAAAUACCAGUUAUUAGAUUGUUGAUUUAGUGAUAAAUGACUGUUGAUUUAUUUAAAAUUAUUGAUCGGGGUCCGAAUAUAAGCUACAGAUAAUAAAUAGGGUUAGGCAAAAUAACACACAGUUCCACUAAAAUGUGGAACUUAAGUAUGGGAGUAACUGCGCUUUUGGUAAUAUUUUUCACAACUUCAAAUCAUUCACAACUAAUCGAACUUCCACUCAUAUUAAUUAGUUACAAUAAGUACGAGGUUGGUCCAAAAAUAUCGAAUCUAUUUUGAUAUGUUUCCACUUCCCGAAGUAUUUUGGAAAUUAUUUUUUUUUAUAAAAGGAUCAAAAUUAAUCUAUUAAAUUUAUUUAAAAUUUUGACAGAAAUCGUCCAUUUCUUUCUUUAAACCAAUCUCGUAAACAUUAAGGAAAUUGAUAAGGAAUGAAAAACAUCUGUUUCUGGUAUUCAGUGAUUUGGAAUUAGCAUAUGACUGUCACUAGAAUGGAAAUACGAUACUAAAGAAAGUAUCUAAAAGGUUAAUAAAGCACUGAUGAGGUAACACGAAGAGAAUAAGAAUUUUAUUGUUGCACUCUUACAAUUCGAGAAAACACCAAUUAUUAAAAAUAGAGGUACGGAGUUUGUUAUAGUAUACCAGAACAUGUAAUAGAGAGAGAAAGAACAUCGGUAUACCACUAACUACAUCUACUCUAUUCUGAUUAGUAUAAUUCCACUUUCAAGCUGCUAUCUCUAUUUCUAACUUUAACUCUAUGUACAAAACACGUCCGAUAAGACGUUUUAGAAGUGAUUGUAAUGUCAUUCUGAUGGAAUUCGCUUGUCCAUCCUACAAUCUAUUCGUAAGAAUGGUGGACGACACCAAGACGGUUUCAGAGCUGAUCAAGAAUUUCCGAAUCGUUUUAUCGAGCUUAAAAUUAUGUAAACGAGCAUCGAAAGGGUAUAGUUGUGAAAUUAAUAAACUAGGUGUGGUCGUGUGACGUUUCAACGCGAAAAAAACAUUUUAAAAAGCCACCUACCCUCGUAACGUUAAGCAGGCUCAAAUGCCUGCCCAAAAAGAGUAACGCCUUAAAGGUAUUUUUUGUUAAUUAUACGAUUUCAUUGGUUGGUAAUGGUAGUGUUGUUGGUAAUUUACCAGUUGCUCCUCUACAUGCACUCGAAGCUUUUUACUUAUAUGAAUAAGCCUAUCUUUCCUAAGACUUGACACAAUAAUAACAUACAAAUUGUUUUAUAUUUUAAAACGACGACUGUCAAUUUUUUUAUAAAUAUUUUUUAAAAUUUUCGCUCUUCCUGCCUUUGUACAUAAUCAGCCAAGUUUUGUGUUUUAGUUGAUUAUUUUAAAUAAAUUAUUAAUAAAGUUUUAUUUAUA